AGGCUUCUAUUGCUGGCUCUUUUAUUAAAAGUAACAUUUUUAGUGAGUGUUCAUAGUUCCUCUUCUCAUUCUUACAAAUAUCCUUCAACCUCUCCCUCUGUGUGUGUGUGUGUGUGUGCACCCAUUGAUGCUUAGUCACCAUAAAUACACUCAACAAGGCCAUUGGACCUCUCCUGUAUCACUGAAUUCUCCUAAAAAUCAGUGUUUUUGAUGGGCACUCUUCCUCAAUCUCCAAGCCCUCCUCACUUAUAUUCACAAGCACUCCAAUUAAAGCUUUACCAAGCUUUCAUAUUUUCAAUCCCAAUCCUCUUCUCCAUUAUUUUGUUUUUGUUGUUUUAUUUGUUCUACCUCAAGAGGAGGGCUUAUUCAGUACCUCCACCAAUUCUUCCAACCACUUUGAAUCAAGCCUCCCCUUGUAUUCCUUCAACUUUUGAGACUGGUUUGAAAGGAGAACUCAAAGACAGGCUUGCUAUAGUCUUGUUUGAUGAAAAUCUGAAGGCAAGGGAUCCACUAUGUUGUGUUUGCCUGGGAGAAUUUGAGAUCAAACAGGAGCUGCACCAAGUGCCAUCAUGCAAACACCUCUUCCACGUCGAUUGCAUUCACCACUGGCUUCACUCCAACACCACUUGCCCACUUUGUAGAUGCUCUGUUGUGCCUACUGCUACCAAACUCGAUCAUUCCCAGCCGCGGCAAGCUAUUGAACCAGACAUUGCAGCCUCAGGAUGACCAUAUGUGUGUGUGUGUGUGUGUGUGUAACCCCCAAGCAGCACCAAUAGAAUAGCAAAUUGCAACAAGUUAUCUGUGUUUGCUCAAGAAAUCAACUGCAGAUGAUACUAAUGGAAUUAAGGAUCACUUGACGUUCUUAGUAUCCAAAAGCUAAAUUCAUGAACCUAAGUGAUGCCUAGAAUUAUUCAAGUUGAAAUGAAAUGGUUUCUAAUACUCUCAUAUGCAUAAUUGCAUAACAUAUAUUCUUUUAAGCUCUUACCUCUGUCAAAACCUUUUGUGGUAGUGGCUGUUUAAGGAUUAUUAGGUUUGUCAUGCACAAAUUCUAAGCGUGUAUAAGUAGAAGUGUACCUCUAUGCGCGUCUUAAAAUGAAAACCCUGGACAUCGAUCAAGAUUUUUUUUUUAUGUGUUCAACUUGUAAGAAUACACUUGCUGUGUUGUCCGAGUGAUUAGGUUGUCUGUUCAAGCCUUUUACCCUUUGCUCUCCUCACCGCUAACCCUUAACAUUAUUGUCAUUAAAUACAAAAUAAAAAUAAAAAAACUUGUAAGAACACCUGUUGAAGGAA